AUUGUAAACAAUAACUUUACUCGUUAUGUACUACAAGUAUAUAAUUAUUUAUAUUAGUUACUCCAGUUAGAUAAAACUAGUGGUGCAUCAAAUGCAUGUAAUAAGUAUUACAUAAAGUAGUGUAGUGAUGUAAUAUCAUGGACGCGGAUGACCCUAGAAGACCGCUACUUGGGCAUGCACCGGCCGAGCCGAGUCGCGUCCGUCGCGCCGCGACGAAGCUAUGCGGUUUGGAGUCUUGGAAGCGGCGGGUCCCCAUCACAACAUGGCUGCCGAACUACAAACUGGAGUAUCUGUUCCGGGACUUUAUAGCUGGUUUGACAGUGGGCUUAACCUCCAUUCCUCAAGGAAUCGCGUACGCCAUAAUAGCAGGACUGCCGCCUCAGGUGGGCCUAUACUCCAGCAUCUUCCCUGGCUUUGUAUACGCCAUAUUCGGCAGCUGUAAGGACGUGACCGUCGGCCCAACGGCCAUUUUGGCGGCUCUGCUUGCCAAAUAUGUCGCCAAAGCCGAGGCCUUCGCGUAUCUGGCUGCGUUCCUGUCUGGAUGUGUUAUUAUGCUACUAGGAGCGCUGCAAUUAGGGUUCCUGUUGGAUUUCAUUUCGAAGCCGGUGAUCAGCGGGUUUACAGCGGCGGCGGCGCUGCAGAUCGGCGCCGCUCAGCUCAAGUCCCUGUUCAGGCUGACAGGAUCGUCGGGCAGUACGUUUCUGGAGGCAGUGAUAAAUUUCUUCAAGAACAUAAAGACGAUACAUUUGUGGGACACCGUGCUAGGCGUCUCCUGUAUAGUGAUACUACUGCUUUUGAAACGCCUAAAGCUCUCAACAGACGAGCACUCGACGCGCGCGCGGCGGCGCCUAGCCAGUAUAUGUCUGCACAUCAUGCGCGCGAGAAACGCUCUCGUAGUGUUCGCGGCGGCUUUACUGGCGUAUCUACUGUCUCUGAAGGGGACUUUACCUUUUGCACUUACUGGUACGAUCAUGGGCGGGCUGCCACAUUUUGGUCCGCCGCCGUUUUCGACAACCGUUGGUAACCAAACGCUCGGCUUCCAAGACAUGCUGGUCGUCUUCGGGCCCGAGGGGUUCGUGAUGCCGCUAGUAGCUAUUCUGGAGAGCAUCGCUAUAGCUAGAGCUUUCGCUGGCAGCAAGCCCGUAGAUGGUACCCAGGAGAUGUUGGCCGUAGGGGCCUGUAACAUAGUGUCUUCCUUCUGCCAAGCCAUGCCGGCCACGGGGUCCUUUACUAGAACAGCGUUGAAUCACGCUUGUGGAGUGGUCACCCCCGCUGGCUCCAUGUUCAAAGCUCUACUAGUCCUUCUAUCAGUGACUCUACUAACCGACGCAUUCUAUUACAUCCCGCGCGCCGUGCUAGCGGCCGUCAUCAUAGUCGCUAUGAUGUCCAUUAUAGAGCUCGCUAUCAUACCGACUCUAUGGAGGAACAGCAAGCUGGAGCUUGUAGUGUAUGGUGUGACAGUGAUAGUGGGCUGCACGCUCGGGUUGGAGUACGGCAUCGCGGCCGGCGCGGGCGGAGACGCGGCGCGCGCGCUAGCGAGCAGCGCGAGACCCAACCUGCACCCGGCUGUCUUCAAGGUGGGGAACCAAUCUUGCAUCUCGCUCACACUGACGGGGUCGCUCGGGUACGCGAGCGCGGAGCACUGCGCUAGCGCGGCGCGGGCGCACGCGCGCGCGACGCCGCUCGUAGUCGUGCUAGACGGCCGGCUGCUGGUGACUGUGGACCUGGGGGUCGCUGAGAGUCUCCUCACAACCAUCUUAGACCUGGAAGAGCAGGGUCACCGGUUCUUGUUCUGGAACUUCUCGGCGCGCCACCGGAGACUGCUGCUGGAGCUGCAGCCUGCCUUCCAGGACAAGUUCGUGGCUGGACCCAGCAUAGACCAGCACAUACUAGCUUUAGACAUCCAAAGAAGACCAACGAUAGUAUACUGAAUGUAAAACACCCCUGUAGAGAAGAAAUCUACAACUGCAGCCUUACAUACGUUAUAUCUUAUUUAAAAUUGCAAAUUCCAACGACGAGCGACUCGAAUUGUCAACUGCCAGCAUAUCUCCGAUCGGCUAGACCCAUUGGCUAGAGAUGUGGCCUCGCUCUGCAUUUUCUAUCGCAUGUAUAACGGGGAGUGCUCCGAGGAAUUGUUCGGAUUAAUCCCUACCGCUUCUUUCCGCCAUCGCCCUACGCGACAACAAUUC